UCGGAGUUCACACGAGGGACAACUCUGAGCUGCUGUGGACACGCUGCUUUUAAAUUUGUGGCUUCGGAGCCAUUCUGUAAAAAAGUAUUGGGGGGUCAGGCAGGGCACGGGGAGGGCAUCUUCUGGAGCUGGAGCUGGACCUGGAGCUGGAGCUGGCUCGGUGCGGCCGCGCGCUGCAGGAGCGCACCUGACAGAACAAACAUGCGUUCAGACUUGUUCUACAAGGAAAAACGGGCUCUCAGACGGAUCUUCUCUCUGUGUGUGGCUGCGGCCGGUUUCACUCUGGUUCCAGGGGUGUGUCUAUUCUUCCUUUCGGACUCCCUCCCCGGUGAACGUUCCGUUCCUUCUUUGGAGGACAGAGUCAGGGAGACGCUGCUCCUGGUAUGGGUGCAUCCCUUCGGCGUGCGCAUGCCGAUGCCCGACUGCCGGGAGCGAUUUGAGAUCAGCGGGUGCGAGAUCACCGACGACCAGAACAGGUACGGCCAGGCUGACGCCGUGCUCAUCCAUCACCGGGAGAUCUCCUCCGGCGCCGCUCCGCUGCCUCCGGAGCCGCGGCCACCUGCGCAGAAUUGGAUCUGGUUGAACCUGGAGUCUCCCUCGCACUCCUCCAGACUGUGGGAAUAUGAGGGCAUUUACAACCUGACGCUCAGCUACCGUCAAGACUCCGAUGUCUGCCUGCCGUACGGCUUCCUGAUCCCACGCGCGCUCUUGCACGAAGUUCCCCGGAGCCGCUCUGCGUAUCCGCUCGGAGGAGGAACCUCCCCCUCGGAUCUGCCGCGCCCCCGCCUCGUGGCAUGGGUCGUCAGUAACUGGUCGGGCGCGCGCGUCGCCUUCUACAAACUCCUUGCGCAACACGUCCAGGUCGACGUGUUCGGGAGGGCGGGCGAGCCGAUCCCUCCGGGCGGCCGUCGCGUGGUGCACCUGAUCAGACGGUACCGCUUCUACCUGGCGCUCGAGAACUCUCAGCACACCGACUACAUCACAGAGAAGCUUUGGAACGCGGUGCGCGGCGGCGCCAUCCCGGUGGUCCUGGGUCCGUCCAGGAAGAACUACGAGCGCUUCCUGCCCCCCGAGGCCUUCAUCCACGUUGAUGACUUCCCCACAGUGCAGGAGCUGGCCCAGUACCUGCUGAAGGUGAAGGACAGUCCAUCUCUGAUCCAGAUGCACCUCAGCUGGAGGAGAGACUACAGUGUGUACAUACCGUCCAUGUGGGACGAACACUUCUGCACAGCCUGCAGGGCUGCUCAAAAGAACCACGGCAGGAUUAAUGUGGUCAACAACCUGUCAAAAUGGUUUUAUUCGUGACAAUCACCUCCAGCAGAGGCACACCUGCUGCU